UUUGGUGGUUCUGCUGGGAGCUUCUCUGAGUGCCUUAUUUCACAGACUUUAAAUAUCAUGGAGACAGACAAAUCUAAAAUCCCCGUUUACAUUCCCCAACAGUCCAAAACAACUGGUGUUUUGAAAGAAAAAAGGUUAGAAAUUCAGGCCUUCAAAUUUGGUGAAAUAUAAGAAUAAGAAGCCGUGCCUGUUGAAAAUCAGAAAUCAAAUCAAACUUUUGUAAGUGGACUUGAGGAAAUGAUGUCUUCUUCUGCUGAUACAGAAGUGCAGCCCUGUGAUUAUUCAAAGCAGCAAAACCAGAACAAAGGGAUGGACUCGGUGCUCCUGAAAAAUCCUGUUUUUACUUUUGGUGCCAACAACCCUACUGCAUGUGUAUGUGCUGCCUUCAAAGACCCAAAUCAAAGACUCACAAAGUCAGGGAAAAAAGUUGCGUUGCCACCCCCUCCGAAGAAAGGAGUGCCAACACGAUCCCCUAUGAACAGAUACAGACAGGAGACUGAACUCAAAAACAAAAACAAAAACAAGUUUUUGGAGAAUGUCAAGAGUGAACUGAAUUCAAAAGUGACGGCAAUGCAAAAGGAUAUGACAGAUAUGAAGAAGCUGUGUGAUAGUCUUGAAGAAGAAAAUGAGAAGCUGAAAAAAUUUCAGGAAAGCUGCCUCUUGAUAUUAGAAGCCAGGAAUUGGGACCCAGUUACAGGUGAACAAAUUUUGGAAGAGGAAGAAACAAAAAAGAAGAUACAAACUGAGAUAACGGUUUUAUCAGACAAACUUAGUGCUGAUCUUGAAUUGUUCAUCCAAAUGGCUAAAGAGGAAAAAGAAAAUAUUCAGAAUGCUCAGACCAGAUGGAAGCAGAUAGAGGAGGAGAGGACUCAUUUCUUAGAAGAGCAACAGUCUUUUCAUAGAGAAAUGGAAGAGCUGUUUGCUGCCUUAAACCAAGAAGUUGACUUCUUAAACUCCUCAUAAGAUUGAGAUUUAUUAAGUUUACCAUUAUAGUGAAUUCAAAAAUAAAUAGGAAUAAUAGUAAUAAUAAUGUAUUAUAAAAAAAUAGUAAUGAUAGUAAAAAUAGUAAUAGUUUGAGCCUUCCUGGCUCAAACUCCUUUUUAAGGUCUCUGCUGGACUGCAUUUUGUAAACUGCUUUAUUGUUUAUUUUGAAAUAAAGUCUUUGUUUUUACCGA